AUGGCAGUUCUCGGCUUGGGUCUCAUGGGUAGCGCCGCCCUCACUUGGGUGGCUGCCGCCAUCGUCAUGGGCAUCACUGCCUACUUUGUCCACACUGAGCGCACCGUCUACGGCUACGACGGCGGCCGCCACCUCGUCUACACUCUUGUCGUUGCUGUCCUGACGGUGAUUGUUUACCCGGUUGUCCUCUUCCUGUCUCGUGGUGACACUGGCAACCGCGGCAGGCUCAUGCCCGUCAACCUCGUCUUCAGCUACCUCUGGCUCGCCGCUUUUGUUGUCAACACUGACGAUUGGGCCGCCAACAACUGCCGCGUCUCGCGUCCCUUCACCGGCAUCAACGGCGACGGCGACAACCUUUGCGGUCACAAGCACUCGGUCAUGGCCUUCAGCUUCCUGGCCUUCUUCUUCACUGCCAUUAACACUGCCGCCGAGGGCUUCUUUGCCCGCCGCGGUGAUGCCGCCUACGUCGACAAGCGCCACGGCCACGCCACCACCACCAGCACCGUCUAA